AUGGGUUAAAAUCGGCUCGUUGUUCCGGAGAAACCUCGCGGAGCCUCGGAGCGUCACACCUGCUCACCCCGACCUGCAGGGGCCGUAUGAUCAUCAGUCUCCCCCCUCCUCUCCCUCCUGCGGCCCACCAUGCCGGCGGGGAUGAAACCUCUGGAGAAGUUCCUGAAGAAGCAGACCACAGCUCUGACCCGGGCCGGGGGCUUCGUGGGCGGCGUGACGGACAAGGCCAGCGGGGGAACCGGAGCGUCCCGCCGGAGAGCCAGUCUGUCCCGGGUCGUUCCGUUCUUUAGAGAGACGUCACCCGAUAGUGGUCAGACCCGGGAGGUCUUCAGCCCCGACAGCGAGGACGCCCCCUGCUGGCCGCCCGGUCCGGUCUCGGUGCCGGGCAGCGCUAACAGCUCUGGUUCAGGAGGAGGAGACGUCCGCAGUCCAUCUCUGUCGAGUGACGAGCAGAGCUCUGAGGCGAGUCUGAUCACAGAGAGUAGUGGAGGAGGUGGCGGAGGUGGCGGAGGAGGAGGAGGAGGAGCCACGCCUCUUCACCCUGACACACCGGACAGUCUGACCCUCACCAUGCUGGACAGCGUGGCGGGAAAAUGCUCCGGACACUGCACAGAAACGCUGCUGGACGACUUCAUGUUAACACAUCCCAUCUUCCUGACGUCUGACAGGUUCCAGCAAAUUCUGCUGCAACAAUUCUCCGUGGAGACAGAGGGAAGGGAGGGAGGGAGGAGAGGGCGAGGAGAGACGGAGGGAGGGACAGACGGAGGGAUGGACGCAGCGGAGAGGAAACAGGCGGUGCUGAGCGUGGCGUUCAGGUACCUGGACACGUACAGAGAACUGCUGCAGGAGGAGGGCGAGCGCAGCAACAGCUUCCCCAAGGAGCUGUACCUGCGUGCUCUCCAGGACUUGACUCGUUAUCCUGAACUUGUUGAAGACGUUCUGAAGCUGCAGCGGUGGACGGAGAUCUUACACCACCCCUCUGAUGAGGAGAAGGAGAGUAAGAAGAAACAGGUCCGUCCUCUGUUCAGACACUUCAGACGCAUCGAUGCGUGUCUGCAGCCCAGAGAGGCGUUCAGGGGCUCCGACGAAAUCUUCUGCAGAGUCUACACUCCGGAUCAUUCCUAUGUCACCAUCAGGAGUCGUCUCUCAUGUCGAGUCGGUGAAAUUCUGGCUCUGGUCCGAGAGAAACUCCAGUACAGUGAAGAUCAACCGGUUCUUCCUGGAAACCUGGUCCUGGUGGCAGUGACAUCAUCAGGAGAAAAAGCCGUGUUUCGUCCCAGUGACGAGGCCGUGUUCACCACACUGGGAGUCAACACUCACCUGUUCACCUGUGAACCCUCAGAGCUGGACUCACUGCUUCCUCUCCCUGAGGAAAUCCACUGGACACCAGGAGACAGCAAACUCCACGACAUGUCAGCGGAGGAAGUAGCCAAUCAGCUGGUGGCGUUUGACUGGGAGCUCUUCAGCUGCGUGCACGAGGUGGAGUUUGUAUGUUACGUUUUCCAUGGAGAGCAGUCGCGCUGGCGCCCCCUGAACCUGGAGCUGGUACUGCAGCGCUGCAGCGAGGUUCAGCACUGGGUCGCCACGGAGAUCCUGCAGUGUCAGUCACUGCCGAAGAGAAUGCAGCUGCUGCGCAAGUUCAUCAAGAUCGCAGCUCUGUGUAAACAACAACAGGACCUGCUGUCGUUCCUCGCUGUGAUCCUGGGCCUUGAUAAUCCUGCCAUCAGCCGACUGCGACUCACCUGGGAGGGACUUCCUGGGAAGUUCAGGAAACAGUUUCAGCAGUUUGAAAGCGUUGCAGAUCCUUCCAGAAACCACAAGUCCUACAGAGACCUGAUCACCACCCUCAGACCUCCACUGAUCCCCUUCACACCUCUGCUGCUCAAAGAUUUGACGUUUCUUCACGAGAGCUGCAAAACGUUCCACGGUGAACUCGUCAACUUUGAGAAAAUGCACAAAGUGGCAGACAUGGUGAGGAUCAUCAGACGCUACAGGAGCAGCCAGCUCGCCAUGGAUACGGAGACGUCCCCCUCCCACCUGCAGACGAAGGCCUACGUCCGUCAGCUGCAGGUCAUCGACAACCAGAACCUCCUGUUUGACAUGUCCUGCAAACUGGAGUCCAAAGACACACGCUCCGAGCCGCUCAUCCGUCCACAACCUUCAUCACAUCCGUGUAAAACCUCUGACGUCCAGUAGGUGGAGCCUUCGGGACGAGCACGACCGCUUGGAUGCACUAAAUCGUUUCAUGUGUGACCACGCCCACUCGUGACGUCACAGACCAAUGACCAUACUCAGAGCGCUUUCCCAUAAGUUUCUUUACGAAGAUGCGGACAGGAAGUCUGGCUGUUGCUUGGAACUUAAGAAAUUUCUGCCAGAAUUCCCGGGAACAAACGGUCACGAAGUUCAAAUCCCCAAAAAACUGUAUUAAACGGGUGCUGUUAUUAUUAGCGGUUUGUUUGUUUGCGUGGAACGAUGUGAAAAUUCUUACGUUAUUCCCAAACGAUCACGACCGAUAAUAGUUGGAGCAAUAUUUUCAGUAUUAUUGCGAGAACUAAAAAAGAAAUCAUCUCACGGAAACUCUGCUGCUUUAGUUACGAAGUUGAAGGGGGCGGAGUCAUCUAAAUGCGACGCAUUUAAUGCUAACAUUUAUGCAUGUUUUAUUAAACAUAUUCACAAAAAUCUUUAUCGUCUGAAGUGUCGAGAUUUAAAAACCCUCGAUAACUUGGGCUUCCUGUCUGCAGCAGGAAGUGCGGCUGUCGCUCGAAACUUCAAGAAUUUCUGACAGAAUUCCAGAGAAAUUAACGGUGCAGAAGUUUUAAAGUCCUCAAAAAAAACUGGAUUUAACGAUUGUUGUCUGGUUUUUUGUUUUUUUUGCGUGGAAUUAAGUGAAAAAAUGAUCAAGACCGAAAAAUUGUUGGAGCCAUAAAUAUAAAUAAAAAUGUAUUUUAAUCUCAGAUGCUUGAGUUACGGAGUUUAAGGGGGCGGAGCGUUGAGUUGCUUGCAGACAAAAUAAUUGUGAUUUUAAUGCGAUAAUAAAAAGUCCUCACAUCGUGGUCUGAAAACUUUUCAGAGAAAAAUACGAAUUAUAAAUGUGACUGGAAAGAUGCAGCGCCCCCUUGUGGCACCAGAUGGACGGCAUUCUUCAGUCACUCGCGUGAAACGAUCAUAAAUCAAUCAUAAACACGACAACGAGAAUGAACUUUAAUCUGCGAUAAACGCAAACGCUGUGCGAUGUUUGUUUGUUCGCGCCGACCGAGCUCCGCCUCCGACGAGUCAGUUCUCGUGGAGUGGAGACGAUCGCAGCCGAUUGGUCGGAAACCCAGUGAAGAUGACAUCAUCACUCGUCAGCCGCUGGCUCUCAGGACCACUUCCUGGGUUUGUUUGAGGGUUGUUUUUUUUUAAUUGUUGAUCCCGCCGCGGUUCUGCCUCCUGAACUCGAUCUGUUGUGAAUCUCUGACAAAAUGUCGGGACGGGAACUAAAACGGGAACGGAAGAGUUUGCGAGUCAUGUAAUUCUGCAGGGAUCCGCGAUUUCAGGAGGCGGCGGCCUCUUGGGUCGAGGUCGUGCGUGGCGUCGCCCGAACAAAAACACGCUAACAUAAAUGUGUAAAUAUUCCGACUUUGUAAAUACGCAAAUAUUAAUUAUGGAAGACUCUAUUUUAUGUAUGAGCGGAGAGAGAGAGAGAGAGUUUAAGAGAAAUAUUUGAUUUUUAUUUGUAGACCUGAAAGAGAAAGAAAUGCCGAUGAAUUUGACGAUCGUAGUCACUUCUGUUGUUUUUAUCUAAAGCUCGGACUUUUGUUUCUCUUUGAUUUUGUACAGACAUGGUUGUUUAUGAGUCAUCGUCGUCUCUGUUUACGUCACACGCGACGCCUGAUUGGAGCAGAGGUCUGGUCCGGGGGGCGGGGCCUGGGGUGUUGGUGUCAUGUUGCUGCAGUAAAGAAAACUUUAGGAUUUUUACAAAAACAGUUACAGUAAAAGUUUUUAUAAGAAGUUUGAAAUAAAAUCAAAGAUCUUUAGUCGAAUCAUUUUUACAAGAACACAAAAAAUUCAAAAGAACGUUCCAAAUAAGAAAAGUUUUACAAGGAAACGUUGUUUUUAAGAAACAAUUUGUAGUUUUGUAAAUAAAACGUGGGAUAAAUUUUACACAAGUAAGUUUUAAUCGACGAGUGACUCUUUAGUUCUGAAUAAUAUAUAAUAAUAAUAAUUCUUAUUUUCUUUCAGGAUUUAAACUUUUAAUCCAAUGUUUAUUUUUAUGUAGAAUUCUAAAAUGUAAUAAUGUCUUACAUUUACAUUUUUUUUUAACAUUUUUCUUUUUUUUUCUUCCAUAAAAUUGUGUUUUUUUCCCCUCAAAAAAACAUGAAGUACAGAAAUAGAAAAAAAAGUUUAUUGACAGAAGCAGCGAUCAGGAUUUGGUUCAGGGUUUGGAUCAGGGUUUAGUUCGGUGUUUGGUUCAGGGUUUGGUUCAGGGUUAGGUUCAGGGUUAGGUUCAGACCUCUGCUCCCUCUGCUGUCACCACACACUCUGAAAUAAAAGGUUAUGGACGACAAAAA